AGGUAGUACUGCUAUUGCAGCCUUAUCCUCUUCUGGCUGUGCGCUGGUAAACAAAGCCCUGAUCUGCUGCUCCCGACAAUCGGUCUGUGUGUUGCAUCGGAGCUUCGCGUGAACACAGAGGCACUGUUGUUGAGUUAGCACGAUAGAAAACAUAUCUUGUGCAUUCAGGGAGACAAAGGAAUCGGGGGGAAAAGAAAAUGUUUUUCAACCCUGUCUCAAUAAAUACAGCAAUCAAAAACAUUACCUUAAGAGCAGUGCCAGAAUUAUUCACGUGCUCUAAGCAGCAGCCACUGUGAAUUAGUCUUGUCUGGUAUGGAGCUCAUAGAUUUAAGUCUGUUUUGGAAAUGCUUGUCUCUGGAAUCUUAAUACCUUUUAUAACAACAUGCCAUUGAAAUGGAAAACGAGCAACACCACUAACUGGAAAUUCCCAGUUUCUAUGCUUAAGCCAUCUAGGACAACAUUGAGUCCGGCAUACAUAUCUUUUGUUGAAGAGGAAGAUCCUCAUCUAAAAGUGUCCUUGGCAAGUGGCGACAUGGGCGUGACAACCCAUUUGCAGUCUUCAAAGACGGGCAAUACGCGAUUCUUCACAAGCAAUACCCAUAGUUCUGCAGUGUUACAGGGAUUUGACCAACUGCGAAUUGAAGGUUUACUUUGUGACGUUACGUUGGUGCCAGGGGAUGGUGAUGAAGUGUUUCCAGUCCAUCGAGCAAUGAUGGCCUCAGCCAGUGACUAUUUUAAGGCAAUGUUCACAGGUGGAAUGAAGGAGCAGGACCUGAUGUGCAUUAAACUUCACGGAGUGAAUCGGAUAGGGCUUAAGAAAAUCAUUGAUUUUAUUUAUACCGCAAAGCUCUCCCUGAAUAUGGACAAUCUCCAGGAUACAUUGGAAGCAGCAAGCUUUCUGCAGAUUUUACCUGUCCUGGAUUUUUGUAAAGUAUUCCUUAUAUCAGGGGUUUCACUCGAAAAUUGUGUUGAGGUUGGACGAAUUGCGAAUACCUAUAACUUGACAGAAGUAGAUAAAUAUGUAAAUAAUUUCAUUCUGAAGAAUUUCCCAGCUCUGCUAAGUACUGGUGAAUUUAUGAAACUCCCUUUUGAGCGGCUUGCCUUUGUGCUUUCCAGCAACAGCCUCAAAAAUUGCACUGAACUUGAACUGUUCAAGUCUGCCUGCCGUUGGUUGAGAUAUGAGGACACACGGAUGGAUUUUGCCUCCAAGAUAAUGAAGAACGUUAGGUUUCCGCUAAUGUCACCGCAGGAACUAAUCAAUCACGUCCAAACGGUGGAUUUCAUGCGAACGGACAACAUUUGUGUCAACCUAUUACUGGAAGCCAGUAACUAUCAGAUGAUGCCCUACAUGCAGCCUGUUAUGCAGUCUGAGAGAACAUGUAUCCGUUCAGAUAACACUCACUUAGUAACCUUGGGAGGAGUGCUGAGGCAACAGUUAGUAGUGAGCAAAGAGCUAAGAUUGUACGAUGAAAAGGCCCAUGAGUGGAAAUCAUUAGCUCCUAUGGAUGCACCGAGAUACCAGCAUGGCAUUGCAGUGAUUGGAAACUUCCUUUACGUUGUCGGUGGGCAGAGCAACUAUGAUACGAAAGGAAAGACUGCAGUUGACACUGUCUUCAGAUAUGACCCUCGGUACAACAAGUGGAUGCAAGUAGCAUCUUUAAAUGAAAAGCGUACAUUCUUCCACCUAAGUGCUCUGAAAGGACAUCUUUAUGCAGUCGGUGGUAGAAAUGCCGCAGGAGAAUUGGCCACUGUGGAAUGCUACAAUCCAAGAACCAAUGAAUGGAACUACGUUGCCAAAAUGAAUGAACCUCACUAUGGACAUGCUGGGACUGUGUAUGGCAACUACAUGUACAUUUCAGGAGGGAUUACUCAUGACACUUUUCAAAAAGAACUCAUGUGCUUCGACCCUGACACAGACAAGUGGACACAGAAAGCUCCCAUGACCACUGUCCGAGGGCUGCACUGCAUGUGCACGGUUGGAGAUCGACUUUACGUCAUUGGAGGCAAUCACUUCAGGGGAACCAGCGAUUAUGACGAUGUUCUGAGCUGCGAGUUCUACACGCCGGCCUUGGACCACUGGACUCCGAUCGCUGCCAUGUUGCGUGGGCAGAGCGAUGUGGGCGUGGCGGUCUUUGAGAACAAGAUCUACGUGGUGGGGGGCUAUUCCUGGAACAACCGCUGCAUGGUGGAGAUAGUUCAGAAGUAUGACCCUGAGAAGGAUGAAUGGCAGAAGGUCUUUGAUCUUCCUGAGUCGCUGGGAGGGAUCAGAGCAUGCACUCUUACAGUCUUUCCACCGGAUGAGAAUACUGGGUCACCUUCCCGAGAAUCGCCUCUAUCUGCACCUUAGACAAGGAUGCAGCCGCUCUCACUUCAGCUCUUACAAAGAACUCAUUUGCACAGCAUCAUAAUUAAUAUCAAAGAUUAUCUGCCUAUUUUGCUCAGUAGUGACUAUUGUAGGCAGUGACUCGAAUAUAAUUGCAGAAAUAGUGGAUCGACUUAUUUGUGCAGUACUGUUGGCAUCAGUUGUCUGUCUGCCUGUUACAAGAGAGACAUAACAAAAUAUAUAUGUCCAGGAUUGAACUCUGUCUGGAAAAAGUUCAACAAUUUAACUGUUAUACAGUGUGAUUUUUUUUUCCCCCUACAUAUUUGCAAUGCAGAGGAUUUCCCUCUGAUUCGUUUAAAACAGUUCAAUAACUAACCUAUAAAUGCUUAUUCAUUACCAUGGUCUUCAAGAUUUGAGAACUAAUUUAAUACAGUGCAUAUAGAUGUGGGAAGGUAGCCUAUCAAACGGCAUUAAAAUGUUGACCCCGACUAAUCACUUGUCCCACCUAUUUGAAGUUACAAAACAAAACUGGUCUUUUUGUUAUCUUAAGUUAAACACAGCUCUGACGGGUUGGAUUCCAGUGUGCAGUAUUUGUGCUACCAUCAUUUCACUUCUGCUGAAUUUGAAGAGCUGGCCAGCCUGAUUUUGACCCCUGGUUGGCUGCUCCUUUGUUUGCUGUACAGGCCAUUAGCGCAGCGCAUCUCUCCUCUGUACAUCUUGGAUGGUGAAGUUAUUUAAUGCACUCUUUGGCGUCAGGAGGAGGGAGAGCUGCUGCAGCUCAGCGAACAUGAUCCAUGGCGCUCAACACUUUUUGUUCAAUAAAAGUUUAACUGAAA